AUGUCGCAACCAACAAUUUCUAGCCACACUAUUCCUUCAUCCACAUCUUCUACACCCACCACUUCCACACCCACUCCUAAGGGAUACAAUCUUUCACCAACCAUAACCACUUCACCACCCACCAGUACUAUACACGCCUCUCCAACCCCGAUAACUUCUACGCCCAUUACGUUUACACCCAUCACUUCUACACCCACGACUUCCACACCUACGUCAUCUAUACCCACCAUGUCGCUACCAACAAUUUCAAGCCCCACUAUUUCUUCAUCAACCAUUUCUACACCCACCACUUCCACACCUACGACAUCUACGCCCACCAUCCCCACUAUUUCUUCAUCCAUCACUUCUACAUCCACCACUUCCACACCUACGUCAUCUACACCCACCAUGUCGCUACCAACAAUUUCUAGCCCCACUAUUUCUUCAUCAACCACUUCUACAUCCACCACUUCCACACCUACGACAUCUACACCCACCAUGUCGCUACCAAUAAUUUCUAGCCCCAAUAUUUCUUCAUCGACCACAUCUACACCCACCACUUCCUCACCUACGACAUCUACACCCACCAUGAUACAAUCUUUCACCAACCACAACAACUUCCACACCCACCAGUACUAUACACGCCUCUCCUACCCCGAUAACUUCUACGCCCAUUACGUUUACACCCACUAUUUCUACACUCAGGACUGCCACACCUAA